CACUAGAUGGUGUGCGAGCCACUGGAGAGCCGUCUUCCUCCCGCGGUCGGGUUCCGAUCAAAACAAAUCUGGGAAACUACACGGAACGCCAUUUCUCGGGCUUUUCGCGGAGGAAGAGUGGGGAUUAAUAUAUUUUCGUCCAGAUAUUUGUUUUUUAUUUUUGAUAAAGGCGCGGAUCGUACUCCUUUCGGCGGCGAUGGACAUCAUGAUUGCGGUGCAGGAUGCGUGCGUCUCCGGUCAGUGGCUCACCGCUAUAAUUCUCAGUCUUUGCUGCUUUUUACCAUCGUGUUUGCCCGCCGGACAGACCGUGGACUAUGCGUCCAGCGAGAAUGUGGUCAGCAGACAGGGAGAUACCGCGCUGCUCAGAUGCUAUCUGUUGGAUGGAAUCUCAAAAGGAGCAUGGUUAAACCGUUCCAGUAUCAUUUACGCAGGGAACGACAAGUGGUCGGGAGACCCUCGCGUGUCCAUCGUAUCAAAUGUGGGGGAUAAACAUGAAUACAGCUUACAGAUACAGAAAGUGGAUGUAACGGACGAAGGCUUGUAUACCUGCUCGAUACAGAGCGAACGCAAUCCACGCCCAAAACUCAUUCAGUUAAUUGUAAAAGUUCCUCCCAAAAUCUAUGACAUUUCAUCGGACGUCACGGUAAACGAAGGCAGCAACGUUUCGCUUAUCUGCUCAGCCAGUGGGAAACCAGAGCCAAAAAUCUCUUGGAGACACAUCACCCCAUCAGCCAGGAAGUAUGAAAGUGGAGAGUAUUUAAAUAUCACAAACAUCACUCGGGAUCAAGCAGGAGACUAUGAGUGCGGUGCCGAAAACGACAUUUCUUCUCCCGACACGAAGACCGUGAAAGUCACAGUCAACUUUCCUCCAGCAAUCCACGAGAUGAAGAGUCAUGGGGUCCGACCCGGUCAGAUGGCCCUGCUGAGAUGUGAGGCAGCAGCUGUCCCCUCUCCAGUCUUUGAGUGGUACAAGGGAGAGAAAAGGAUUAACAUGGGCCAAGGUAUAGACAUCAAGAACCUCAGCUCCAGAUCAAUUCUCACAGUGAAAAAUAUGACACAGGAUCGCUAUGGCAACUACACCUGUGUGGCGGUCAACAGGUUGGGAACAGCCAACGCCAGCGUGCCUCUAAUUCCUAUUAUUGAACCCACCACAACUAGUGCUGUCUCAAGUCCAGGAGGGUUGGAUUAUGGGUAUUCAGAGAGAAGCAAUACAUACGCACCCAACACCGCUCCGUAUGGAAGUACAGGAGGCGCCGACGUCCUGCUGGCCUGCUGGUACCUGAUCCUGGCUCUCUCUUCUCUCGUCAGCAUCUACUAGCCCCGGGGACGGCCAUACACAAUGACUGUAAAGAACCCUUUGAGCAUUUACAGAUCCUUUGACAUCGCAGAUGGCUGGAUCCAAUUUGGUACAAUUUGUCUGGAAAGCAGCGAGGGAUUUUAAAUCAGCAUUAUUUACGUUGGGAUGGGAAUUUGGUGGUGUUUGUCAUCAUGUAAAUACGUAUGGUUUAAGGGUUUUUGUUUGGUUUCCCUUCUUUUCUGUUGUGUUAUUUGAUUUCCCACUUUGUAAAUCAGCACGCAUUGUCUCCUUUCCAACGCUCUCAAAUUUGCUAAACGCGCGCUUCGGAAAAGCGAAGGUGCGUGACGUUAGUGUCUUUGUUAUUGGUAACGGAAAGACUCCUCGGUGUGCCACCUCGCUAUCCAUGCCGGUACAUCAUUUACAUACCCAUAAAGGGGCAUAAAGUGUUUAAAUCACAUGCUUAUUUAAACUCGGCGAGUCAAGAUUGGAGAAGGGGACUAGAUAAACAAAAAGACGGUUGAUGGGUGAAGCGAACAAUUGGAGAGCAGUUGAAUAGUAUUGACAAUGAAAAAUGAAUAAUCAUUUCGUGGACCAAAAUUACAGCCAUACUUCAGCGGUUCAGGCCUCUGUGCUGUAGCCCCCUUUGAAUUUAAAGGAAAUAUGCAGAGAAUGCUCAUAACCCUUUCUAGCUGUUCAAGAAAUAUGUUUUAGUUAUGAUUGUCUUGGCUCAAGAGUUGAUUUUGGGUGCAGACUAAAAUUUCACCAGUAUUGGAGAUUUUUAAUAGUUUGUAAACUUUUGCCUAUUUGUGUCUAAUCCUAAAAUUAAAAUUAGACACGUGCAUUAGUCGAAACGUUAUAACCCAAAAAAGAGGCAAAAUAUUCUAAUAGAAAUAUUCAUUGAAUAUAGGGUUGCAUUUGAUUUUAAAUUAAAUAAGACAUCAAAUAACAAUAGCACAAAUAUCGGGCCAAUCCAAAGUGGAAAGAGAAAGUAGGUCAUAUAUUAUGGUGUCUAAUGGAACUUAUCAUUCAAGUCAUUAUUGCCUUUUUUAAACCGAUAAAUAUUUUUUUCUCCGUUCUUUACAGAUUAUGUUUUAUGGUUGUAAUCAUUUGAACAGGAUUUUUAUAAUGUAUUAACAUAUAUUACUGUACCUGCUUUGCUUUCGUCAGUGUGAAAUAGUUUCGAAUAGGGAAGCUGAAAAAAGAUUAUGCACUUCCCUUUGUGGGGACGGUAUGAGUUUUCAAGCGUGGAUCCAAACAUGUGAAUGAAUAUUAUUUCAAAAUAAGUAUGCAGUAUGGCAUAGUUUACAAUGUCGUCUUUCAUUUUAGAUGCCACAACUGUCGUUGAUUCUCGUCAAACAAGUAGAAGUCGGAAAAAAGAACCGUUUGUAAUCAAAUAAUCUACUCGGA